GCGGGCGCCCGCCCCUACCGUCCUGCUGGCUACUGCGGGCCUAGCUUUCAUGGGCCGAGGUGGGGCGCGAGAAAGAAAGGUGGCCUUGGAAGCAGGCUGGGAGGGUGCCACCUUCAGCAGUGCGGUGCAGUGGUUAGAGCUGGCCUCGUAGCGCUUGUUCAUAGGAAGUUAAACAUGGGUCAAAGCGCUCAAUAAAGAAGCUUUUUUUCUCAUUUUCCAGCCUAAGACCCCAGUGCAGCCUGGGUUCACUUUUCCACCCGCACUUCCAAGAUUGACUUGGAGAGGAGCAACUGUGGUCUGUUGUGAGCGCAUCCUGUCUUUGGAGAAAUUGAAGGUUUUCUGUAAGUUGCACAGGAAAGCAGCUGUGCUGAGAGGGGUCCCAAGAAGGCUGCUUCUGCAGAGGCCGGGAAGAUGACAACGGAGAAGACUACUCUAGAGAUGAAGAAGGAGACCAUGAGGAAGCACAACGAUGUUCCUGCGGCUGAGGACUUUGCCACGGAAUUCCUGGAGGUCGUGAGGACACAGGGCUACCUUCCACAGCAGGUCUUCAACUGCAACAAGACCGGACUGUUUUGGAAGAGGAUGCCCAAGAGGUCCUUCCUCAGUGAAGUGGAGAGCAAGCUGCCUGGCCACAAGCCCAUGAAGGACCGUCUGACCCUCCUCUUCUGUGCCAACGCCAGCGGGGACCUGAAGAUAAAGCCCUUGCUGGUGUACCGCUCGGAGACCCCACGGGCCUUCGAGAAGCGCAAGGUCAACAAAGGCCAGCUGGGCGUGUUGUGGCGAUCCAGUGCUAGGGCUUGGGUCACACGUGUCCUAUUUGUGGACUGGGUCAAUGUGGCUUUUGGCCCUGCUGUCAAGCAGUACCUGCUGGACAACGACCUGCCACUGAAAGCCCUGCUCCUGAUGGACAAUGCUCCCGCCCAUCCUCCAGGCCUUGAGGAAGACUUGUUAGAGGAGUUCAGCUUCAUUAAAAUCAUGUUCCUGCCGCCUAACGCCACCCCGGUACGCCAGCCACUGUAUCAGCAGGUGAUUGACAAUUUCAAGAAACAGUACACCAAGGAGCUUUUCACGAUCUGCUUCGAGAUGACUGAAUGCACCCACCUCACCCUGUGUGAAUUCUGGAGGGACCACUUCGACAUUGUCGGCUGCUUGAAGUUGAUCGCCAUAGCCUGGGACGGGAUCAGCCAGAGAAAUCUUAAUUCUGCUUGGUGCAACCUGUGGCCGGACUGUGUGGCAACAAGUGACUCUGAUGCUUCUGCGCCUGCACCAGAGUCAACAGUGAUGGAGGACAUUGUUGCCUUGGGGUGGGCCAUGGACCUUGAGGUCACAGAGGAGGACAUCUGUGAACUGGUGGAGAGCCACAACAGGGCGCUGUACACCCAGGAGCUGGUCGAACUGCCGGCUACGGAGCAGCAGGCCUCUUUGGAAGAGGAAGAUCCAGGCGAAGAACAACUGCCCACCACUGAACUGAAGGAGCUCUUAGAAAAAUGGCAAUUCGUUAAGGAUAUAGCACAGCGGUACCACCCGGACAAGGCUCUGGCACGUGAAAUUAAUAACAAGUUUGCCGCAGCGACCGUGUUCCCUUUCAGAAGGCUGCUGAAAAGGAGGCAGAAGCAGCUGACCAUGGAGAGGUUCCUCACAAAGAGGCCGAGACAGGAAGAGGAACCUGCUGCUUCUACCAGUCGUGCCCAGUUGCCUUCCUCCUCCUCCUCCUCCUAGAAGCCUUGGGGUCAAGGCUGAACGCCUUCUCCCAGUUGUCCAUCAUUCGGGCCAUCGCCAGAGAGACCCUCUGCAGUUCUGGGAAUGUAAAAGACUGCUGCUGUGAUGUGGGGACCAUUCUGUCUACCUCCAGUUUCCUGACUUAAAACACUGGUCCUGGUGGUUUAGAGACUUCAGCCUCACUUGUUCACUUUAAAAUGUGAAAUGUAAAAAGUUUCUGUACUGUUGUUUUCUGUAUGCUUACAUGCUUUGAAAAUGCACCUUUUGAAGAGUUUUGCAUAAUCCAAGGACUUCUAGUGACUGUUUCUGUUCAGUUUCAGUGAAGGUAGAUGUUCCUGCCUCAUGUUUGCUGAUUUAUUAUUAUUAUUAUU